GAUAAAUAUAUUGAUAUAGAUAUAUGACCCGUGAGCCCAGCCAAGCAGGUAAGCACCGGCGCGGCGCCGCCGGUGCCAUUCCCAACCUCCAGCUAGCUAGCUUAUUAGGUGCUACGACCAUCUCUAACCUCCCUAUCAUUUCCACCAUCAUGUCAUGUCUACAGACCAACCAAUUUUGCAGCAUCACAUCGUAUAUAAACACAAAUCCAAACACCUUUCCACUUAACAGUUAACUCUUCUCCUCGAAUCUUGCAUCGGUCCAUCGAUCGGCACCAAGAAUUUUUCAUCCUUCAAAUUCUUGAUUGAUCGAUCGACUGAUCAUGGCGGCAGCGGCGGCGACGUUGUUGUUGCUUUUCGCCUCCUGCAUGCAUGCCGCCGUGUUCUGCGCGGCGGCAGCGGGGUUCGACGAGGUGCCGACGGUGACCUUCGACGAGGGCUUCGCCCCGCUCUUCGGCGAGUCCAACAUGGGUCACUCCUCCGGCGGCGACGCCGUGAGCAUCACCCUGGACCGCAGCACCGGCUCCGGCUUCAUCUCCAAGCGCUACUACCACCAUGGCCUCUUCAGCGCCGACGUCAAGCUCCCCGCCGGCCACACGGCCGGCGUCGUCGUCGCCUUCUACCUCUCCAACGGCGACGUCUUCGAGGCCACCCACGACGAGCUGGACUUCGAGUUCCUCGGCAACCGCGCCGGCCACCGGUGGCGGAUGCAGACCAACGUGUACGGCAACGGCAGCACGGCCACGGGGCGCGAGGAGCGCUACGUGCUGCCCUUCGACCCCACCGCCGCCAAGCACAGGUUCUCCAUCCUCUGGUCCUCCAGCUCCGUCGUCUUCUACGUCGACGGCACCCCCGUCCGCGAGGCGCAGCGCCGCCGCGGCCGCCGUCGCUUCGUGGACGACGGCGUGGGCCCCGACGGCGACGGCAGCGACAUGGGCGCCGACUACCCGUCCAAGCCCAUGGCGGUGUACGUCACCAUCUGGGACGGCUCCACCUGGGCCACGGAGAACGGCAAGCACACGGUGGACUACGCCCACGGGCCAUUCACCGCCGAGUUCUCCGGCCUCGUGCUUCGCGGAUGCCCCGCCGACGCCAGCGCAGACAUCCGCCAGCUCCACCUCGGCGCAUCCACGCAGCGGUGCGCCGCGGCGGAGUGGGAGCUGAUGACGGCCGAGUACGCGGUCAUGACGGCGCGGAAGCGCGAGGCCAUGCGGCGGUUCAGGCGGAAGCAGAUGGUGUACACGGUGUGCUACGACACGGACCGGUACCCGGCGGCGCUGCCGGAGUGCGAGGUGAACGCGGCGGAGCGGCAGAUGUUCGAGCGGUGGGGAGAGUCCAAGGUCUCGUUCCGCUCCCGGACGACGCCGCCGCGGCCGCUUGUGCCCAUGAUGCAGGCCGACUGAGUGAUCGGAUGGGAUCGGACGGACCACAAGCGCCCACGUUGCUGCAUGUAAAGUUGCUUAGCUAGUUGUACAAAAGUGAUUAUGAUCAGUUGGUUGAUGGAUCUGUUUGGUUUUGUGGGUAUCUAAAUAAGUAAAAAAAUAACUAGUUUAUGCGAAAUAAAAAAAAAUUAAAAAAUAAGUAGUAUCUAAUCGAGUGGCUCACUGAUUAAAGGUGGUGCUAAUCCAUUAAUUAGCAGGACCAGCGUCAUUAUCUUCUCGUUAUGUUCCACUAGUUAGGCUAUGAUGGCAACAUACAAUAAUACAAUUUAUUCUUUACUUAGAACA